GCUCUUCUGUAGAAUGGAACGGUCCGCUGUGAGAAGAUUCUGUGCCCCCUGCUCGAGUGUCCUGAUGGUACGACCCCAGGGUAUGUGACAGGAACCUGCUGCAAAGAGUGCCAGUCGAUGUGCUUGUUCUCGGAGCAGACGCUGGUGGAAGGACAACGCUGUGCUGUUCAUCAUCCCACCGCAGGACUCUGCCAGCUGUUUGAAUGCAGGGAUCGUACGAUGCACAGGAUCCCGAGCUCUGAAGACUGUGCACAGCUCACCUGCGCAGAAUCCGAUCGGAUCACACUGACGGACAGAUGCUGCAGAGUCUGCAGAGGUCACGACUUCUGCGCCGAGGAGAACAUCUGCGCUGACAACUCGGCCUGCGUGAACUUAGACGCCGGCUCCAGCUGCAGCUGCAAGAACGGCUUCCGACCGCUGCGUGAGGACAGUGCCUACUGCGAAGAUAUCGACGAGUGUGCGGAGGGGAGGCACUACUGCAGAGAGAACACACAGUGUGUGAACACCGCCGGCUCCUUCAUGUGCAUCUGCCACACAGGGUUCAUCCGCAUCGACGAUUACUCCUGUACAGAGCAUGACGAGUGUGCGUCCGGACAGCACAGCUGUGAUGAGAACGCUCUGUGUUUCAACACCGUCGGCGGCCACAGCUGCUCCUGCAAACCUGGAUACACUGGCAAUGGCACCGUCUGCAGAGCCCUGUGCGACGGCCGCUGUCUGAACGGCGGCUCCUGUGCAUCUCCCAACAUCUGCGUGUGUCCUAAGGGCUUCAGCGGGCAGAACUGUGAGACAGGUAAGAUCCAGAACAAAGCCUCAGUGUGUGAAGUAUAGCCUUGAAGAAGAGCACUU